UGGGGCGGUGAGAACAGCGCGGCGUAGAGUGCAGGCGGGCUUCGCCGUGGAGCCGGACUCGGCCGGCGCCGGGUUCUGGGAUCGCCGCCUGCAGCCAUGACCCUAGCAGUCCAUCCCUCGGCCCCGGCACCGGACGUCUGAUAUCCCGCACAGUCUCGUACAGCUGCUGGAGAAGCGGCCGCUGCCCCCUCGUCGCCCUUGGCGCCUUACGGCAUUCCCUAUCCGGAGCUGGGAGCAGCGCGGCCACCAGCGCCCCUGUGCAAACUGGGGGUGUCUGCUAGAGCAGCCUCCGACGCUGCUGCCCGCGGCUCUGGCCAUGGCCUGGCCGGGCACAGGGCCGAGCGUCCGGGGGGCGCCUGGAGGCGUCGGGCUCAGGCUGGGGCUGCUGCUGCAGUUGCUUCUGCUCCUGCGGCCGACCCUGGGGUUCGGGGACGAGGAGGAGCGGCGCUGUGACCCUAUCCGCAUCGCCAUGUGCCAGAACCUCGGCUACAACGUUACCAAGAUGCCCAACUUAGUGGGACACGAGCUGCAGACAGACGCCGAGCUGCAGCUGACAACUUUCACGCCGCUCAUCCAGUACGGCUGCUCCAGCCAGCUGCAGUUCUUCCUUUGUUCGGUUUAUGUGCCAAUGUGCACAGAGAAGAUCAACAUCCCCAUCGGCCCUUGCGGUGGCAUGUGUCUUUCAGUCAAGAGACGAUGUGAACCAGUCCUGAAAGAAUUUGGGUUUGCCUGGCCGGACAGCCUGAACUGCAGCAAGUUCCCACCCCAGAAUGACCACAACCACAUGUGCAUGGAAGGACCAGGUGACGAAGAGGUACCCUUGCCCCACAAAACUCCCAUCCAGCCGGGGGAAGAGUGCCACUCGGUGGGAACCAAUUCUGAUCAGUACAUCUGGGUGAAAAGGAGCCUGAACUGUGUUCUCAAGUGUGGCUACGAUGCUGGCUUGUAUAGCCGCUCAGCUAAGGAGUUCACAGAUAUUUGGAUGGCUGUGUGGGCCAGCCUCUGCUUCAUCUCCACCACCUUCACUGUGCUGACCUUCCUGAUCGAUUCAUCCAGGUUUUCUUACCCUGAGCGCCCCAUCAUAUUUCUCAGUAUGUGCUAUAAUAUUUAUAGCAUUGCUUAUAUUGUUCGGCUGACUGUAGGCCGGGAAAGGAUAUCCUGUGAUUUUGAAGAGGCGGCAGAACCCGUUCUCAUCCAAGAAGGACUUAAGAACACAGGAUGUGCAAUAAUUUUCUUGCUGAUGUACUUUUUUGGAAUGGCCAGCUCCAUUUGGUGGGUUAUUUUGACACUCACGUGGUUUUUGGCAGCAGGACUCAAGUGGGGUCACGAAGCCAUUGAAAUGCACAGUUCUUAUUUCCACAUUGCAGCCUGGGCUAUUCCCGCAGUGAAAACCAUUGUCAUCUUGAUUAUGAGACUAGUGGAUGCCGAUGAACUGACUGGCCUGUGCUAUGUUGGGAACCAAAACCUAGAUGCCCUCACUGGCUUUGUGGUGGCUCCUCUCUUUACGUAUUUGGUGAUUGGAACUCUGUUCAUUGCAGCAGGCUUGGUGGCCUUAUUCAAAAUUCGGUCAAAUCUUCAGAAAGAUGGGACAAAGACAGACAAGUUGGAAAGGCUAAUGGUCAAGAUCGGGGUCUUCUCAGUACUGUACACAGUUCCUGCAACCUGUGUGAUUGCCUGUUAUUUCUAUGAAAUCUCAAACUGGGCACUCUUUCGGUAUUCUGCAGAUGAUUCAAACAUGGCAGUUGAAAUGUUGAAAAUUUUUAUGUCUUUGCUCGUGGGCAUCACUUCAGGCAUGUGGAUUUGGUCUGCCAAAACUCUUCACACGUGGCAAAAAUGUUCUAACCGAUUGGUGAAUUCUGGGAAGGUAAAGAGAGAGAAGAGGGGGAAUGGUUGGGUGAAGCCAGGGAAAGGCAAUGAAACUGUGGUAUAAGCCUAGCCAGCUUCCACUUUCCUCACGUUGAAGGAAACGAUGCAGUGAAUCUCAGUUUGAACAAACUAGAAACACUUCAGCACACACCCCCACGUCAGCCCACCACCCCUCACCCAACUCGGCAUCAGAUGACUGAUGAUUUCGCUGCAGACUUUGGAGUGGUCCAAAGUAGAAAAGCCAGUUAGAGGCUUUCAAAGCUGUGAAAAAUCAAAAUGUUGAUCACUUUAGCAGGUCACAGCUUAGAGUCUGUGGAGGUCCCUCCAGCUUAUAUUCCCAAAGUCCGGGGUGAUGGUGUUUGCUUCCUACUGGGUGGGAUUUCAGCUGUGAGUUGAUAACAUGCGAGGAGAAAGAUUAAGUUUUAAAACUUUUAAAUUUUAAAUAGUAACUAGGUCUUGCAGAUAGCAAAGUGAUCUGUAAACACUGGAAAUGCUGGUUUGGGAGACGUGUUGCGGAGUUUUAUAGUUUGGCUGGUCUAACAUAAACAUCUUCUGGCCUACACUGUCUGCUGUUUAGAACUCUGGAGCGCACUCCCAAGAGGUGGUGUCAAAAUCCUUCAGUGCCUUUGUCGUAAAACAGAAUUGUUUGAGCAAACAAAAGUACUGUACUAACACACAUAAGGUAUCCAGUGGAUUUCUCUCUCCUUACAUUUCAACAUCCCUAAUUCUAGGCAGUCCUGUUUUCUUCACUUUUACACUAAUGACUCAAAAAAAAAGAGUUAUUUUUAUAGGAAUAUUUUUUUUUGCACUGCAGUAUGCCUAAUGAGAGGAAAAGGAAAGGUGAUUCACUUUCUGACAAUCACUUAACUCAGAGGAGAAUGAGAUUUGCUAAGUUGACUUACCUUCCCGACCCCAGAGACCUAUUGCAUUAAGCAAUGUUAAGCAAUUGGGACUUAAAAAUAUUUUAGUUUGUGUGAUUGCAUCUAGGCAGACGCCAGUCUGGAAGAACUGAAAUGUUAAAUUUCUUGGCAACUUUGCAUUCACACAGAUUAACUGUGUAAUUUGUGUGUGUCAAUUACAAUUAAAAGCACAUUCUUGGACCAUGACAUAGUAUACUCAAUUGACUUUAAAACUGUGGUCAACUUGCAUUCUUAGUGUGAUAGUGCCUUCCCCCCCCAGCCUCCCUGUAGCAUAAGAAUGUUAUCGGGGUUUGGUCUACUUGCCACAAUGGAGACUUAUUCAACUUUGUAAAGGCAACUAAGGACAGCAGAUCCAAAUACUUGGUGUAUAAUUGUUCCUUAGUAAUGGGCAAAGGCUCCUUAUAAGAUUUCAUUGGAGGCAGUGUGGCCUGGAGUAUUUAUAUGGUGCCUAAUGAACCUCCAGAAUGGAGGAUUGGUUAGCAGGGGAUAUAGUGUAGACCAAAUGAAAUGAGCUGCAAAGUCUAACAGCACGAGUCUUAAUUGCCUUUGCUAGGGUAUCCAAAGUCUUUAAAAUUUAUGCUUUAAGUCCCUCACAAGGGGGUACCCGCUAGCAACCUAUCAAAAGUUGCAGUUCUUUUAAAAUUGUGACUGCCCUUUUUCUUAACCUGCAUUAGGCCUUUUAAUCACCAGAACUCUGGGACAAAACGUUGUACAUGUCACAGGUUGCUCUCCUUGUAUUUCAUGCCUGUCUGUUUCAGUAACUGCAGUUAUUUAUUGAUUCGUGCUUUUAGUAAAAGAGCUCUUAAUGUUUUGUCCAAUCAUACUUUGUGGAGAAACAUUUCAUGGACUCCAAAUCCCAAAUAUGUGUUCAAAUUCUGGAAAUAUAAAUUUUUAAAAAUUGGA